CUUGAUUGAGUCAUUAUUAAUUUUUUUUUUGAAAUUCUCACGGGAUUCACGAGUUUGUUUUCAUUGUAAGUUGUACACACGAGCAAUAAAGUACUACUUAAAAAACUUUAAUUAUUUAAUUAAGGACGUUGCGUUUUGUUUUAACUAUACAAGGUCAUUAGAUGUGAAUGUCAGUGCUUUUUGUGACAUAUUUAAAAAAUAACAAACUUAAAAAUUGUAAAAAAAAAACUUUAUCAAGGUUUGUUGUUGUAAAGGCGAUAAGAACAUAUUGUUAUUAAAAAAUUUGUGUGCGUCUUACUAAUUGUGUUCAAAUCACACAAACAAACAAGAAACCUAAAAAAGUAUUGAUUUUAAGAAGAAGCAUCAACCCCUCCUAGAGUCAAAAAACUGUCAAUCACAAUAUUCAGAAAUUCCAAAAUAUAAUACAAAAUCUUCAAACUCAAAACUAGUUUUUCAAUUAAAAUAAAAUGUUUAGAAUAAACACAUUCGCGCUUACGCUCUCUAUCUCAUCAAUAUUACUCAUUAAUGGACAGCGAAUAGAAUACUUGAAUGGACUACUUGAAGAUCAACUUUGUACUUUAGACAGUGGAUCAUAUGGAAGAUGUAGAAAAAUUUCAGACUGUGCAGCAGACUUUGAAAUUCACAGGAGAGACAAAACAGUUCUUAAAGUCUGUAGUUUUGCUAGUCAUGCUCAAAGUCACGUGAUUUGUUGUUCACAGCAUUUAGAUUCAAAUAGUCAACUUUCAAUCGGAGAACAGACUACAAAGUUAUAUUCAACUAUGAGACCUUCGUUGAUUACAAGAACAGAUCAAACAACAACUAGAACAGAUCGAACAACAACGUUCAUAGAUCGAACUACACAAAGAAUUGUUCGAACAACAACAAGGCCAAUCCGAACAACAACAACAGAAAGAACAACAGCCAAAAUUUAUCGAACAACACCGAGAAUAAUUCAAACAACAACAGGACCAUAUUUGAAUUUCAGAGAAGAUCAAGAUGAAGUUUUUGAUAUUAAAAAUGAUCCGAAUCGUUAUGAAAUAUCGACCACAGAACAAAUAAAUAAAAAUAUUGAUUUAAUAGACUUCGAUAGCUGUCAAGAUGAGCUAUUAAAAUACAGAAUUCAAUGGAUAAAUACAAAUCAUUUUGGAAAGGCUAUGGCUGAUAAAAUUAUUCCUCUAAACAAAGAAAAUUGUGAUUUUUUAACAGAACUGAAUCAGCAAUCAGGAACAACCACACAAAAUUUCUAUUCAUGUCGUCUAGCGCGAGGAAGAUACUUCAUUAUAAACAACUCAAAAAGACGACCAGAAGUACCAAAAGUCAGGGAAGGAUUUCGUCCUAAUAUGGCAGCGAUUGGAUGGACAGACAAAAUUGGAGGAAUUACUUAUAGAUGCUUUGGAUCGAUAGUUACAGAAAAGUUUAUAGUUACUGCUGCACAUUGUCAGGAUUUUGAUGACUUACGCCCAAAUACAGUUCGAGUCGGUGAUCGUUAUUUAAUGAGCAGAAAAGACGACGAAAAUGCACAGCAACUUAAAAUUCAAGAAUUUACUGUGCAUACAAAUUAUAAACCAACUUUAGACUAUAAUGACAUUGCAAUGAUUGAAACAGUUGAAAGGAUAGUCUUCAAUAACUUUGUGGUUCCAUCAUGCAUUGGAAAUCUUUAUAACUCUAAUGAAAAUGAAAAUACUGUCUCAGGAUAUGGAGAUGAAGAUGAUGGAAGCUUAAUGAAUGUCUUAAUGGAGAUGAACGUGGAAGUAAUUGAUAACAGUGAGUGUAAUAAAGUUUAUGGAAAAGAUCAGCAACUUCCUUGGGGUAUUAUUGACAGUCAAAUAUGUGUCAGAAGUAAAGCAACAAGAAAAGAAAUCAACGAAACUUGUUUUGGUGAGUCAGGAAGUCCGCUGCAGUUCAAAAGCAGUCAUGACAUAAAAGAAGACGAUUAUGGAUCAGACUAUAUAUCAACAACGUAUGAGACAUCCACAAUUAUAGGAAUUCAAUCAUUUUCAACUAGUUGUGCAUUUGAUAUUCCUUCUGUAUACACAAGACUUGAAUCUUACACAGACUGGAUGAGAUCUGUAAUAGAAAAAUCAAUUUGAUGUUGUU